GAGCUGCCUAGCCAUGCAAUCCCACAGCGGCUCGCGAUUCUGGAUAAUUUGCCUCUUCUUCCCAGUGGAAAAAUCGAUCGCCAGAAGCUGCUGGCAGGUCCGCCACCACCCCCCCUUGCCGAUGCCACUUCCAAGACUUCCUCGACGGAGGCGGAAGGAUCGCUGCGGCAGACGGUGGCGGAGCUGGUGGAACGAGCAACCGGUGUGGCAGUGGAGGACUCGGACGAGCUGACUGCGCUGGGCAUCGACUCGGUGAGUGCUGUGCCUCUUGCAGAGCUGCUGUCCACAAGCAUUCUGCACGGUGCCGCGGUGCCCUUGGAAGACCUCUAUGUGUACAGCACGAUGGCUUCGCUCUGCGUCUACUUGGAAGGUCGCCUUGAGGAGAUUGGGAAGUCGAAGAGGCCCGGCACCGGACGGCGCUAUGCCGAGAUCAAGAAGGGAGCACGGCUCAGUUUCGGAGCCUGCGCGCGGUUUGCUGUUUCCCGUUAA